GCAAUACGCAAGCCGUCACACGAGUCUUAAAAUUUUAAAAUGUUCCUAGUUUCUGAAUAAAUAAACAAGGCACUAUUUUCUCCUAAUAAUUAUGUGUAAGCAUUAUUUAUUACGAAUGUGAUAAACAAAUAAAAAAGAGACAGAAGACUGAAAAGCAAAAUUAAUUAACUUUGAAUAGACUUUGACGUUUUACGCACGAGCUUAACGUCAAAACAUGCCAAGAAAUUUGUUUAUAUUUUGUUUGUUAUUAAUCGCGAAUUGUAUAAGUGGUUCUGAGGAUUCGGAAUUCUGUGUAAAGCCUGACGGAGUUGAGGUUGAAUCUAAAAAAUGCCUGGCUACAAGUAAUUUUUCGAAAAAAAGAUAUAUUCUUUACGAUGUAAAUCCUCCUGAGGGAUUUAAUCUCAGAAGAGAUGUUUACGUUCGUGUUGCAGUUUUCGUUAAAAAAUUGUUGGAAGAAAAUGGAGAAUUUGACUGGAAUUUAGUUUUACCUCCGUGGGGAAAUUUGUAUCACUGGAGGAGUAAAAAUAUCGGUUCACAAGUUGGACUUCCUUGGGGACUUUUCUUUGACGUUUCCAGUCUCCGGAAAUAUAUUCCAGUUUUGGAAAUGUACGAUUUCAUGAAAGAAUAUCCUUCAAUUGGGGGAGAAAUUUCUCUAGAUAUUGUUUACGUUUUACAAAACGACGAAGAAAUGUUUAAAACCGGAAAAUUUAAGGACAAAAACGAAAUUGCCGACUGUGCAAAAGGAAAAGUUCGGUAUGAAAAAAUCGGAAAAAACAAAUUCACUGGUAAUUUUUGGGGAUAUUUGAACAUCACUGCUCGUGACGUAAAAUGUUUGACUUUUCAAGGAACCACUUCUGGUUUGACAAAAAAUCUGCAACCUAUUUUUAGAUCCGUUGUUUUUGAUCACAUGGAAAUUGCGCUCCAUGAUUUUUACGGUUCCAAAGAUUAUUGGACCGCAAGGAGAAGUAUGAGAUAUAAUCAGGAACUUUAUGAAAUUGCAAAUGAGUUUAGAAAAAAUAAACUAAAUUCUGCUGACCUUUCUGAUAAAACUGAGAGGCCAACUGAUUGGAAAAAGGAAAAAGGUAGAAGAAGUGCACUAGGUGGCUCAUAUUUGGCCCUCCAUUUAAGAAGACGAGAUUUUCUUAUUGGAAGAUCAGAAUCCGUUCCUACAAUUGAAAAUGCCGCUCUUCAAUUGAAGAAAAAAUUGGAGGAACUAAAACUCAAGACUAUUUUCGUAGCAACCGAUGCUGAAAAUGAAGAAUACGAAGAGCUGAAAAAAUACCUGGAGGAUUAUAUUAUCACUAAAUUUAUUCCUUCGGAAUAUGUGAGAAAUAAAUUUAAGGACGGAGGAAUCGCAAUUAUCGAUCAAAUUAUCUGUUCUUAUGCAAGGUACUUUAUUGGAACACAUGAGUCAACUUUCACAUUUAGAAUUCAAGAGGACAGAGAAAUAAUUGGAUUUCCUUCAAACACAACAUUUAACCGACUUUGUGGAAAAGAAAAAAAAUGUUCCCAAGGUGGAAAAUGGGAAAUUGUUUGGUAAUUUUUAAGAAUAAAAUAUUUUAUAUGAAUUCACAGCGAGCAAAAAUUAUUAUUACAUGAAAUAAAAUAAAAC